UUGCGAGAAGGCUGUGUGACGUCAGGUCGUUUAAUCCGGAAACGGCACUGGAGGCAGAGGCUACAGAUCCGAGGGGACUUCAUUGGGGGGGCGCGCCAGGUGUUCCAGAAAGAGGAACGUGACCCGGAAGCGGAAGUGGGUCCCUCGUCCCGUCUCUGUCCCCUACACCCCACAGCUAAGCCCCACAUCUGUCUCAGGCCUGUCAGUGGGCUCCUACCACCAUGGACCUUUUGUUCGGGCGCCGAAAGACGCCAGAGGAGCUGCUACGGCAGAACCAGAGGGCCCUGAACCGCGCCAUGCGGGAGCUGGACCGUGAGCGACAAAAACUAGAGACCCAGGAAAAGAAAAUCAUUGCAGACAUCAAGAAGAUGGCUAAACAGGGCCAGAUGGAUGCUGUGCGCAUUAUGGCAAAAGACCUGGUUCGCACUAGGCGCUAUGUGCGCAAGUUUGUGUUGAUGCGGGCCAACAUCCAGGCCGUGUCCCUCAAGAUCCAGACACUCAAGUCCAACAACUCAAUGGCACAAGCCAUGAAAGGUGUCACCAAGGCCAUGGGCACCAUGAACAGACAGCUGAAAUUACCCCAGAUUCAGAAGAUCAUGAUGGAGUUUGAGCGGCAGGCAGAGAUCAUGGACAUGAAAGAGGAGAUGAUGAAUGAUGCCAUAGAUGAUGCCAUGGGUGAUGAAGAUGAUGAAGAGGAGAGUGAUGCUGUUGUGUCCCAGGUGCUGGAUGAGCUGGGACUGAGCCUGACAGACGAGCUGUCAAACCUCCCCUCAACUGGAGGCUCACUCAGUGUGGCUGCUGGUGGGAAAAAAGCAGAGGCUGCAGCCUCAGCCCUGGCUGAUGCUGAUGCAGACCUGGAGGAGCGGCUCAAGAACCUGCGGAGGGACUGACUGCCCCACCUGCCACUCCAGGGGUACCAGCAGAUGCCCAGGAUUAUUACCAUGACCCCUCUGUAAUAAAAUACUUUGGACACUA